GUCCCAUUGUGAUGUGACGUUGUGAACUGACUUGUGUCUCUGAUUUGUUAGUUUUUUACUAGUGUAUAACCGCUAUCCUACCCCUAAAAAAAACAGUACUUGUCUGCUUAAUUGUCUGCAUAUAUUUUCCCUUAACAAGCCGUUCUAGAAAUGUUGUCAGCCCUCUAUGUAGCCUACUUCCUCUGUGCCAAAAUUGUGUGCAACUGUUCUCUUCACACAGCGUUGCUAAGCUAGCUAACAAGCUACAGUGUAGCCGGCAGUGGACCGCUUUUUGCGAUACCACUGAGCUGAUACAUUGGAUUUGUCUUCGAUUGACCUCUUGCAUGGCUUAUAGUUAGCAGCGAAAGUGAUCGAGAAUCAUUGCAACACAUCUCUUUGUCUUCCGCUUAUAGCCCUUGAAUUUAAUCAGCCUUUCACUGUACGUUGUAGUAGCGUAGCUCGGUAAAAUAGCUAAUCCAACGCUUGUACAGUUAACGAGCAACAUGGCAAUGAGACAGACACCCCUUACCUGUUCUGGACACACGAGACCAGUUGUGGAUUUGGCAUUUAGUGGAAUAACACCUUAUGGAUACUUUCUCAUAAGUGCUUGUAAAGAUGGCAAACCUAUGUUGCGUCAAGGGGAUACAGGGGACUGGAUUGGAACAUUCCUUGGCCAUAAGGGAGCAGUGUGGGGGGCCACUCUGAACAAGGAUGCCACCAAGGCAGCAACGGCUGCAGCAGACUUUACUGCGAAAGUAUGGGAUGCAGUGUCAGGUGAUGAAGUCUUGACCCUGGCCCACAAACACAUUGUCAAAUCUGUAAACUUCACACAGGACAGUAACCACCUGCUGACAGGGGGAAACGACAAGGUGUUGCGCAUUUAUGACCUGAGCAAACCAGACGCGGAGCCUCAGGAGAUUGCGGGUCACAACGGCGCCAUCAAGAAAGCUUUGUGGUGCAAUGAAGACAAACAGAUUUUAUCAGCUGCCGACGACAAAACAGUCAGACUGUGGGACAGGAGCAGUGCAGAGGUGCUGAAGAGUCUGUCCUUCGAUGCAUCUGUGAGCAGUAUGGAGUACAUACCCGAUGGACAGAUUGUUGUCAUUACCUACGGCAAGACCAUUGCUUUUUACAAUGCCCUCAGCCUAGAGCUCAUCAAGACAGUGGACGCUCCAGCCUCCAUCCACUCUGCCUCGCUUCAUCCAGAGAAGGACUACUUUGUUGCAGGAGGAGAUGACUUUAAGCUCUACAAAUACGACUACAGCACUAAGGAGGAACUAGAAUCAUACAAGGGACACUUUGGGCCAGUCCACUGUGUACGCUUCAGCCCAGACGGAGAGCUGUACGCCAGCGGCUCAGAGGACGGGACGCUGCGACUGUGGCAGACAGCUGUGGGGAAGACUUACGGCUUGUGGAAAUGUUUACUGCCAGAGGAGUUGAUUUCAGAAAGUUCUGAGACGACCUACCCUGCACCUGCUCCUGAAAUCAAGGCCUGAGAUG